GAUGGCAGAUUGCAGCCGAUCACCUUUUCAGAUGGGCAUUAUGUUUUCAGGUUGUUGGGGGAAAGAUGACGGAAUCCGGUCGUCUGUGUGCAUUCAUCACUAAAGUGAAGAGAGGAAGUCUGGCUGACACUGUGGGACACCUGAGACCAGGUGAUCAGGUUCUGGAAUGGAACGGUCGGGUUCUCCAGGGAGCCACGUUCAAUGAGGUUUACAACAUCAUCCUAGAGUCCAAACCAGAACCCCAGGUGGAGCUGGUGGUGUGCCGCCCAAUCGGAGAUGUUUCCAGAGUGGCAGACAGUACCCACGUCCAACUGGACUCCAGUUCCAGUUCCUUCGACUCUCAGAAAGUCGGUCCGUCCAUCUCCGUCACAUCCCCCAUGAGUCCUACUGUUCUGUCUGGACAGGUCUCUGUGAAGCUGUGGUACGAUAAAGUCGGUCAUCAGCUGAUAGUCACUGUUCUUGGAGCCAAAGAACUUCCUGUCCGAGACGACGGGAGGCCAAGGAAUCCGUACGUCAAGAUCUACUUCCUGCCAGACAGAAGUGAUAAGAGUAAGCGGAGAACAAAGACUGUGAAGAAGUCGGUAGAACCUCGGUGGAACCAGACUUUCAUGUACUCUCCGGUACAUCGGCGGGAGUUCAGAGAACGGAUGUUGGAGCUGACGGUCUGGGAUCAGGCCCGAGUCCGAGAGGAGGAGAGCCAGUUCCUGGGAGAGGUGUUGAUAGAGUUGGACUCGGCUCUGUUGGACGAUCAGCCUCACUGGUACAAACUGCAGCUCCAUGAUGUUUCCUCUCUGCCGCUGCCCAACGCCUCCCCCUACCUGCAGCGGAGAGGACUGCAGCCUGAGGACCCUCCGGGUGGGAGGAGGCUGCAGAGGUCUCAGAGGAUCAGUGACAGUGAGUUUUCAGAUUAUGACUGUGAAGACGGCAUCGGGGUGAUAUCAGGUGUGAUGAAGGACCCAUCGAAGAUGAGAGACAGUCUGUCCUUUAAAUCCUCAGACAGUGAUGUCAGCGACGUGUCGGCCAUGUCCAGUGACAUCAGAGCUGUCCGCAGGAUCAGGGCGGCGCCGGCGGCGUCCGGAGCUCCUCUCACCAAGUCGUCGAGCGUCGGAGGAGAAAUCUGUUCUCUGGGGAGAAAUGAUGAUGACGACGACGACAAAAAGCGACGCUCGAGCUUCGGCGCCAAGAUGAUGGGAAUGGUUGGACUUGGGAAGAAGAGUCAGAGCGCCUCACAGCUUAACCCCGAGGAGGAGGAGAAGAAGAAGAAGGUGGUGAGACUUCCUGUCCAGAGGAGUGUCGAAACCGGUUUGGCCAUCGAGUUUAAAUCUCGUUUCACCCGACAGCAGAGUCGCGACCCGGACGCCGAGGAACCCAAACCGGGAGCUUUGAUAUUCCCGGGAGUAAAGUUGGCGUCGGACAAACAGUUCACUGGAUUCCUGGAGGGAUUAGGCCCCGCCCAGCUGGCUGGACGACAGACUCUGGCCACUCCCCCUAUGGGUGACAUCCAGAUCGGGAUGGUGUACAGGAAGGAGCGUCUGGACGUAGAGGUGAUCCGAGCCAGAGGGCUUGUGGGUAAACAAGGCAACAAGAACACACCAGCUCCCUAUGUAAAGGUGUAUCUGAUGGAUAACGGGAAGUGUGUGUUGAAGAGAAGAACUCGUCUGGCCAGAAAAACCCUGGAUCCUCUUUAUCAACAACAGCUGCAGUUCGAGGAAAACCCGGAAGGAAAAGUACUGCAGAUCAUCGUGUGGGGCGACUACGGUCGGAUGGAUCAUAAAUCCUUCAUGGGCGCCGCUCAGAUACUAUUGGACGAUCUGGACCUGUCCAACAUGGUGAUUGGCUGGUUUAAACUGUUUCCUGCCACCUCAUUGGUGGACCCCGCUUUGGCCCCACUGACCAAUAAGGAGACAGAGGGCAGCAAGUCAUAGCGUCAGGGGGUGGGACCAACAGUAUCGCCAUAGCAACGGGCCAGGAUGGGACAGGAGUGGAUGUGUUGUUGCCCGGGCGGAGCCUAAAAAAGUUCCAUGAUCCUCCUCUGCUGCUGCAUGCUGCAUGAUGUCACCUGUGAGGAAGAGGGAGGCUCCGCCCUCUGAUGCUUAAACAGGCAAUGACUUUCCCAGUGAGUGGUGGGGCAGCGCAGCAAAGGAAACUAGGAAAAAAAAAAAAGGAGAGGCCUGUGACCUCCAGCUGCCAGCCAGUCAGAGCAGCUCCUCAGGAGUCAUGUGACUGUUAGAGGCAUGUCCAUAGAUAGUUUCCAUGGAGAUGCAGGAAUGUGGAAGUCUGGUUCUUUGUUUUUGCAUGGAACAUUAGAACAUAAAAAACAUCAACUGUGAAAAAA